AUGAAACGCAAACGAAACGAAUCAACAAUAAUUUCCAACAAAACCGUAUGUCUACAGAAUGGCUCCAAUGUUGAAGUUCAACUCGAUGAUGGGAAAUGGCACGCUGGAAUCGUCGUUCAAUGUCAACCAAGAAAAUAUUUUGUGAAAGUUGGACAACAACAACAUUGGAUUGAAUCGGAUCUUAUCAGACCGAAUACAAUUCUUGAUCAGGUGAGAAAAGUAGAUUUCGAACUGAA